AUGCCGGACAGGUUUGCCCGCCCAUCGUUCAACUGCUAUGACGGGAAGACUGAUCCAGUAGAACACGUCAGCCAUUAUAUUCAGAUGAUGUCUUUGCAUACUUAUAAUGAUGCGCUCAUGUGCAAGGUAUUUCCCUCGAGUUUGGGACCGACUGCAUUGAGAUGGUUCAAUGGGUUACGGAAAGGAUCCAUAAGAAGUUUCUCCGAGCUGAUUCAAGAGUUCGAAGUCCGGUUUGUGACGUGCAGCCGAGUACCUCAACCAGUUGAUGCGCUCCUGUUAAUGAAAAUAAGGGCAGGAGAGACCCUCCGUAGUUAUGCCAACCGGUAUUGGGAGCUAUACAACGAGAUCGGCGGGGAUAACGAAAAGGUGGCGGUAAGCACAUUUAGAAUGGAGUUGCCCGAGGAUUCAGGGCUAAGAGAGUCAUUAACCAAAAAGCCGCCUGAAGGCAUGCGGCAGCUUAUGAGACGCAUCGAAGAAUACAAACGAAUAGAAGACGACCGGUUACAGAGCAAGGGCAAAGCGCCGAUAAUGACUCGUCCCCGGCAGGCAGGAUUCUUGAACGGAUCAAACAUGAGCCGUAUUUUCGGAGGCCUAACAAGAUGGGUGGGGAUCCAUCCAGAAGGAAUCAAAGUCUUUAUUGCACUUAUCACCGAGAUAGGGGUCACCACCGAACAAUGCCGAGUAUUAAAAGACCACCUCGGACAGCUAGUCAAGGCCGAGCACUUAAAGGAUUUUGUGCUAGACUCGGGGGACAGAGUAGUAGGGGAAGAUAUCCGGCAAAGGGGAAACCCUCUCCCGCCCCCUGUGGGGAUAAUUGAAGUGAUUCAUGUUGCGCCGGAGAAGCUCAUUAUGGGAAGAAGGAAAGGAGUGUUGACAGUAGUGCCGGUAGAAGGUAACCCGAAUUUACAGUCGCCGGGUAAGAAGAUAAAGUUUGCACGGGAGCCUAUCUCAUUUGACGAUGGUGAUCUAGAGGGGACAAUUCAGCCACAUGAUGACGCGUUAGUGGUCACGGCCCAGAUAAACGACUUCUUAGUAAAAAGGGUGAUGAUAGACCCGGGAAGCGAGGCCAGCGUGAUGUACCCCGAUCUGUUCAAGGGGCUCGGUCUGAAGAAGGAGGUCCUCGUGAAGCAUACUGCACCUUUGGUCGGAUUUGAUGGCAAAGUAGUGGUUCCUAAAGGGCAAAUCUCCCUCCCUGUGAUCAUGGGAGUGAAGGAGGUAUCUAUGACGUUCACAAUAGUAAGCUCAUUUUCCCCGUAUACUGCCAUACUGGGAAGACCAUGGAUCCACUCAAUGAGGGACGUCCCAUCAUCAUUGCAUGUGAAGGUUAAAUUCCCAACCGAGCGGGGUGUUAUUGUAAUAAAAGAAGACCAGCAAGCAGCCAAACAGUGCCUUACUGCCGUAGUAAACUGGAAGCAGGGGAAUCAGGUUAAUUAG